UAGGCGGCCGCGAGCUUUAUUUUUUGCCUGCAUCCCGCGCGCACCUCUGAGCUUUGUCCUGGCGCUCCGGGUGGAUUGAUUUACGGCUUAUGCGUAUUAUUGAUUCGCCCACGCGCGUACGCCGACGUACGCGCGCACGGCGUUCGACCGCCUGGCCGGACGGCUGCAGUAUAGUUGGCGGCGGGUUGGCGCGUCGGACAGCAGCUGCACGCGUCAAGCCACACGUCGUCGCGUCGCUAUAAAUAAAACGGUCGUUUGCACGCGGGUGUUCGGGUGCAGCGGUGUGGGUUAGCGCACUCCGACUCUGUUCGACGGCUGGACAGUAGUACGUCGCGUGUACCUGUCGGCUGCGAACGGUAAUCGAGUUAAGUCGACAGCCUCCAAACGGGGUUCCUGCAGUGCUGAUCGCGGCUGUCCGACAAGGGACAAAUCGACGGAGAUUAAAAAUGUCGGUCAUAACCAUAUGUAAAGCUGUCGAAGAAAUGAAUACGUUUAAAAGUCAACCAACUACUAAACUUAUCAAUGCUUCUACUUUGGCAAAGUUAACUGAGAAAACAUCAAUAACUGUACCGUCUACAUCAUCUGUCCAGUCAAAUCAGAUAUUGCUGAUUAACAAUGUCGAAGGACAGCCCGUAUCUGGUAUAUUGUUACCUUCUAAUCAUUUCAUGUUAAAAUUGAAUCAAAACCAGCUCCAACCCGAAUCAGAUCCAGAUGAUAAUACCGAGCGUGAAUCUACUUCAAAGUAUUUUUCAAUGAAUAAGAGUGAAAAGAAAAUGUUUAGAGAAACAUUUUUUUGUACACUUCUUGAUUUUAUGCAUGAAAUUUUGAAAGAUGGUCGUAUUGUUAGUUCUUCUGAUCAUAUAUGGGAACGUGUUGCUUCAAAAUUAGAUAAUAUACUGAAACCAAAAAGUAUUUACAAUCGUUUUAUUCUAAAUAAACAUUCUUGUAGAACUAGAUUAAUCGAAGCAUAUCUCAAAGACCCUAAAAGUCAAACUACAGAUAAUAUAUCAAUACUAAACCAUAUGAUGACAGAUGUACACCAUGAAUUUGUUGGAAAAAGACAGGGUCAUGUUGAUAAUGAAACAUUUUAUGACGCUUUGUUCGUGUUCAAAGAUAAGGUUCUAAAGGAUGGAGAGGUAGCACCAAGUGUUGAUUCUGUUUGGAAUCAAAUCUCAGCACACUUGAACCAUGCUUUGAAGCCCAAUAGCAUUUACUUGAGAUUCAAACGUAAUACCCACAACUGUCAUAAAAAAUUGCUUACUCAUUGUAAACUUGACCCCUCCAAAGCUAAAACCUAUGACGUUCCUAGUCGAAAGUUUGUACCAUCCGUGGAAAAGCAACAAAAUAAAGUAAAAAAGAAAAGUUUGAAGUUUGAAGAUUCUUCCAAAUUUUUCAAAGCAUUAUACACUCAUAGGAAAAAAAUCAUACAAAAUGGGUCAAUAGCAAGAUACAAUAAUUCGGUUUGGAAUGAAGUGGCAAAGAUGUUAGAUUACGCUCUACAACCAUCUGAUGUUCAUUCUAAAUUUAUUCGUAAUCAUGACUUAUGCCAGACGAAACUUAUUGAGGAAUGUAAGGAAGAUGAGAAUUUCACACCAUUAGUCGUUCCAAAAUUGAAUAAACCUAAUAGUGUAUCUGAUGAAACAUUUUUCAGUGUAUUAUGUAAAUACCGUGAUGAUAUUUUACAAAAUGGAAGUGAAAUAGCUAAAUUUUCUAAUCCUGUUUGGACUCAAAUUUCAAAAGACCUUAAUGAUACCUUAAAGCCGGCAACUGUAUACUUCAGGGUAACAAGAAAUUCUCAACUAUGUUUAAAUAGACUUCUUAAACCUACUGGAUUAUUGACAGACUAUGCGUACAAAGAUACAAUUAAUAAAGACCAGUUUUUCGAAACAAUAUGCUUGUAUAAAUAUUCAAUAAUGAAUGGUGAUCAAGUUGUAGAUUUAAGUGAUCCCGUUUGGAAUGAGAUUUCUCUUCGAUUAAACUCUGCAUUAUCUCCUGAAGUUAUCUUUGAUACAAUUUCUAAGGAUAAAGAUUUGUGUAAGACCAAAAUGAUUCAAGCUCUUAAAACAGAACGCAGUGUGUUUUCCGGAGAAAAUCCUGAAGUUUCUGAAAAUAUGACUGAAUUAACACCAAUAGUCGAAUGUAAUAUUUCCAAUGAAUCUACUGAUGAUUUUGUUGAAGUUAUUAGUGAAUUUAAAGAUUCUAUUUUACUAGCCAAUGGACAAAUAGCUUUAAAAGAUGAUCCUGUAUGGAAACAAAUAUCUAGUCGUUUGAAAGAUCUGAAGGCAGAUGAAGUAUAUUCAUAUAUCAUUAAUGAUUAUAAAAAUUGCCGCACUCGACUUUUUAAUAUUAAUUCUGUUCCUAAAAACAACUUAUUUGAAGCAAUAUUUGCACACCGACAGUCGGUUAUAAACAAUAAUGUUAUUGCAAAUAUUAAUAAUGGAGUCUGGACGAAAAUCAGUCAAAAACUAAACUAUGCAUUGAAACCCAGAGAAAUUUAUACGAAAUUCAUUAAAGAUGUAGAUGGCUGCCGUACAAAGCUGUUGAAAUCUUCAAAAAAAGAUUUUUGUCGUUCUCAAGGUAUUGAUAAAGACAAGUUUUUAGAUGUGAUAAUUAACCAUAAAGACUCCAUACUUAAAAACGGAACACAUGCUAAACCUAGUGAUCCAAUUUGGAGAGAAAUUGCAUCUAAACUUAACUUUUUAGUAAAACCAUUAACUCUUUAUAAUAACUUUAUGUUAAAUAGACAUAACUGCCAGCAGAAACUUCUAGAAGCUUGCGAAACAGAUAAAAAUGAAGUAAUUUCUUCACCAAUUUCAUCAAAAAUUACUUCUCAGAUGGACCACGAUUACACAAAAGGUGACGCAGACACUAGUUUUGAAGAUUUAAUAUCUAUGAGACAAAAAGUUGGCUAUGUACAAGAAAAUGACUUCAUUGGAGCUUGUUUAGUGUUCAAAGAUAAAUUAGUGAAAAAUAACUGUAUAGUGCCUUCUACUGAUAAUGUUUGGAAUGAUAUAUCAAAACACCUUAAUUAUGCAAUCAAAGCUAAAACAGCUUAUUUGAGGUUUAAACGAAACACUCAUAAUUGUCAAGGGAAAUUAUUUGGAAAUUUUCAAUUAAAUGAUGUUUCUUACGAAGGAGAUGAUGAUGCAUAUUCUGCUGAAGAACAAAGCAUCGAGGAUGAGAUGUUUUUUGAUGCAAUAUCAAUUUUUAAACAUUCCAUUAUCAAUAAUGGUAUAUUUGCUAUGGAAUCUAGUCCAGUUUGGUUGGACGUUUCAAAUUUAAUGAACAAUUUACUCUCUCCUGAUGAAGCAUUUUGGAAGUUUCGUCAAAACAGUGACUCGUGCAGAACAAAAUUAAUAAAAAAGUGUUUAGCGGAUUGGACCAAUGAACCUUCCUCGGUAAUUAAAAAUCGAAUCCAAGUUAUUAAAUCAAAAGAAGCAUUGUGGAAAGAAACGUUAAAAACUGAACAAACUGCAAGGAUGGAUAAAAAAAAUUACCCGACAUUUUCAAAUUUAAACGAAGAUGUAUUCUAUGAUGCUAUUUAUAAAUAUAAAAGUGACAUAUUCCAUAAUGACUUGAUUGCAAGCUGUACAAGUCCUGUAUGGACAGCUAUAGCCAAAGAGUUAAACAAUGAAAUGGAACCAUCUACUGUAUACUUAAGGUUUAGGAAUAACAUGACUAAAUGCAACCUGAAAUUUGCAGAAGCCGCUCAAAGACACAAUACUUAUCAAUUAAAACAAAACCAUAGUCAAAUGAAAAAACAAAAACAAUUACUUAUUGAAGAUAAUUCUAAUGAAUCAUGUGAUCAACAUAUGGUUAUAGACUAUGAUGACGAAGAAAUUAUAGAAAUUGAAUCUGAUAUUAAGAAUUACACGCCUGUUCAUAAAUCUAUACCAAUACAAACAGAGUUGCAAACAAUUAAACAUGUAAAUAAAGGGAAAUGAUAAUUUCAAAAAAUUCAAUCUAUAUUAGCUAUAGUUAACCUAAAAUGAUGAAUAAAACUUAUAUUUAAUCAUAAUUUUAAAUGGAAUUUAAUAAGGAUCUCUGAUGUAAAUAUGUUUUUUUCUCAUUAUUCUUUAAAAUUAAUUAAUAAUGACUGAUUAAUGUUACCUGUAAUUUUAAUUUGUUUUAUUUGUUUAACUUGUUUUUAUUUUUGUAUUUUUCAAUCAAACUAUGAGGUUGUGCAAUAUGUGUGUUCAAUCAUAUGUUUUUAAAGGUAAUUAACUAAUUUGAUUUGUAAUAAUUUGUAUUACUAGACCAGUUUAUUAUACUUUUUAGUUCAUUAUGUUUUUAUAAUUUAAAAUGUUUAUUUAAAUAUAAUAACUAUCUACAUAUACUUCUUUUGAAAUAAUAAAAUGUGUAUAUAGUAUUCAAUAGAUAUAGGGCACAUUAAAUUAUCGACCUACAUUUUGUCACAUUAUUUUAUACAUAUUUUUGUAAUUAUAUAUAUUAAAUAUUUUUAAUAUAAUAACUAUUAGUUAGAAUCUAAAUAAAAUAAAUUAAAUAAAAUAAAUUAUUGUUCUUGUUCCAAGCCAUUUUUAUUUUAAACUCAUUUUGAUUGUAUCUAAUGAUUUAAAUUCAACUUAUUUGUAGAAUUCAAUAAAUAAUACAUGUCAUAAUAUAAUUUGUUUAUAAUUUUAGAUAUUUGAUGUAUAUUGUAGGUAUUAAUGUACUACCUUUACUAAUUAUAAUAUUUUAGUACCUACCUAAUAUUAUUACUAAUUAGUAAUUAUACUUUACUUUAAAAUAUUUAAAAGUAAAUUUAGUUGGUAGAUUAAUAAAUAACUAGUGAUUACUACACUGUAUUAGACAUUAUAGUAGACUUUCAAUGAAGAACCAAGUCUAUUCCAAUAUUGUGAUUUGGUAAAGACUGACCCCACCAAUCUUUUUUUUUAUCGGUUUAUACAAUUAUUUUUUUUACAUAAUUUAUACCUGGUUAAAACAAUACAAAUCAUAAAACUUUUUGUUAAAUGUUAAAAAUAGUCUGUGUCUGUAUAUUACGUAAAUUACUACCUAUGACACUGUACAAAUUAGAUUUCUAUUAAGAAUUUAAGCAUUUAAACAUUUAAACUAUAAAAUGUUUAUAUAAUAUUAUGUAUUAAAUGUAAAUGGGUAUUUAUAAUGAAAACUAACCUAAACAAAAU